UAAAUUGGACAUUGACGAGAUCAUAUUAACAAGAGCACUGACAAAAGACGAUUGCAUAUUCAUUCCAACCAAAGAAGAUGUCUCGAAACGUCGAGCACUCUCCGUGAACGAUAUUCGGAAUAUGAACUUGGAACUUGGCUGCGUGAAGAUGUCACCUCAACCGGAAUGCAACCGCAACUUGUGUUACCAUCUCAGAUUCCGAACCUUCGACGGAGCAAAACAUGGUGUCCGUCCUACAGCGCGUGAAGCAUCACGUCUUAUGUUGUCUUCAUCUGCUCAGGUGACAACAAAAUCGAACGCUUUAAUGAUGCAAUGGGGACAGUUUAUCAGUCAUGAUAUGGCUAAGACUACUACGCUAAACAAUCAAGAAUGUGCAUCUUGUGUGAAUGGUCAACACUGUUUUAAUGUGUUCAUAUCGAGACGAGAUCCGACAUUUGGUCAGUUCCAAUGUUUACCAGUGGCACGAUCAACGCCAUUGUGCGGAUCUGGGCAGAGCUCACCUCGAGAGCAAUUCAACGAGAACACUGCGUUUAUCGACGCAUCAAACAUCUACGGCAGUUCAGAACGCGAUCAGUUUAUAUUCCGUCAGGGUGCGUUCCUGAAAACGAAUAUCAUCCGGAAUCGUGUAUUCCCACCAGUUGAUAACAGUCAAAAUAUUAUCACUGGUGACGAUAGGUCGAACCUGUUCGUGGCUCUUGCCGCAUUACAUGUUCUUUUCGUUAGACAACAUAACAGGCUAGCAGUGACCCUUCAAAAGCUGAACGAACAUUGGGAUCAUGAUCGAGUAUUUCAGGAGACACGAAAAAUUAUGGGUGCGAUUGUUCAGCAUAUAACUUAUAAAGUAUUCUUCAUCAUCUGUUAUUACUUCACUUUUUAUCAAUUUCUUCUGAAAGGUACAACAGUGAUGUUGAUCCGACAAUUGCAAACGAAUUCACGGGUUUUAAUGUAUAUGAGAGCAAAUAAAAGUUUGUUUGUAUUGCAGGAAUUCUAUCCAUUUUUGAACGAAAAAUGGCAACAGGUCGGCGGAAUCGAAUUCAACGACGGUAUGUUCAAAACGGCACAUAUUCUGACGAAUGGCAUCGACCCCCUGUUGAGGGGUAUGAUCAGCCUGCCCGCAAAAAUGCCACAGAGAAUCACUCCCGCUGUAACUGAGCGAAUCUUCGGUAACUCAGACCUGGCUGCUGUGAAUAUUCAGCGGGGUCGGGACCACGGUAUUCCAGGGUAUGCGGCCUGGCGUAAGUUCUGUAAACUACCCUCAGCAUCAACAUUCGAUGAUUUGAAUACCACCAUUCAUAACUCUAUUGUUCGUUCGAAUCUCAAAUUACUUUACGGAGGACGCUUAGAGAAUAUCGAUAUGUAUGUUGGAAGCUUGUUGGAAGAUCCACUCGAAGAUGCGCUUAUUGGACCAACGUUAGCCUGUAUUAUAUCAGAUCAAUUCAAAAGAUUACGGGACGGUGACAGAUUCUAUUAUGAAAACGAAGAGAUAUUCACUAAGUCGCAACUACACGAG